AACUUAUUAAAUAGAUUUCAAUUUGCUGUUAAAAUGACCGAAACUUCAAACAACACUGAUAAUGCUUCAAUUUUGAGCGAAGACGUGGCAAUCGGAAAAGCUGAUUCUCCUAGUAAAGUCGCUGUUAACGGCAGUGUUGCAGACGAGAAUAAAAAUGAAGUCACAGCCGAACUGAAUGGCCAUACCGAAGUCGAAAAAAGUAAAGUGCAAUCAGAUUUGCCUGGCAAUGAUACUGCAGCCGAGGAUGUAACAAAAAGCGAUGAAAAUGGAACGACCGAAGAACCAACUGAAAACACAACGGAAAAUGUUGCGAAUCAGAGCAGCGAAAAUACCACAGAUCAGACAAGCUCACUUAAAACAGAUGAUUCAAUUUUUGAAAACCAGGAAAAGAGUAAAAAUAUUGACAGGAAAAAAGAUGAGGCAGAUUGCGAGGAAAAGACACAAGAUGAAAAAACAGAGACUGAAACCGAAUCAAAAGCAGUAGAAGAUAGCGAGCAAAAAGAAGAUGAAACAUCAACCUCAAAAAAAGUCCAAAACAGCGAUGAUAAAAUGGAGGGAGACGAAGAUCAAGCUGGUGAGCAUGAUGACGCAGAAGAAGCUGAAGGCAAGCCGUCAGAAGAACAACCGCUUGAGGAAAUGAAUACAGAGUCUGAGGAUGACAAGGAAGCAAAGAAAGACGAAGAAAAGAGCGAGGACCAAAAUGUAGACAGGGCCCCAAAGAAAAAGCCGCGUUCUUCUAAGAGCUGGCCAAUGGAUCCGCCAAAAAGUACACGUAGAUCCAUUCAACGGCGCCUUGACUUUACUGUCCUUCUAGCACCGGCAGAGCCGAAAGAGGACAAAGAGAAGCCACCGGCAGUGACCAGAUCAGGAAGAGUGUCGAAGAGAGUGAGUAACUUCGAGAUACCUGUGACUCCGGCGGAGAAGAAAGUGGUCGAGAAGGCAGAGUACAAGUUCGACGGACCAGGAGUCAAUCUGGGUUCGAUCCCAUGUGCACAGUACUGGAUUGGGAAGUGCGACUCGGAAGACCUGAAGACUCUAUUCAAAGUGUGUUUCAACAGAAUAGGGAAGAACAGCGAAGUGAAGCAGCAACUGAGGAAGUUCAAUGGAUUCAACUACCCGGAAGAUUCCAAAGACUACCAGUCCAGAGUCAACAUCAUCGAGAGACUUUACAAACAUGUUGUCCAUGACAUGCUGAAGUGGCUCGGAGUUCCCUUCGUGAAAUCAGAAGAGUCCGUGGAAGAAUUGAAGAUGAAACUACUCGACUUCUUGAGGAGUCCUAAAGACCACGGCAUGGCAGGCAAACCCAAACCAAAGGUCACCCCGAAGAAGAAGAGCGAAGCAGAAGGGGAGGGGGAGAAGAAGACGAAGAAAAGGAGCAAGAAAGAGAAGAAGGAGGGGACCAAAGAGGGUCAGGAUGUGGUGUCAGAUGUGGACCUAUCUUCAGACUCUAGUGAUGACGAGAAGACAGCAGAGAAGACGCCGGCCUCGAAGAAAGCAGCCACCCCAUCCACCAGCGGCAAGAAGCGAAAGGCGGAAGCAGACACCUCAACCACACCCAAGGCCAAAAAAGCGAAACAAGACAAAGCAUCGCCCAAAAAGUCUGAUUCCAAGAGUCCUUCCAGUUCAAAGUCCAAAUCCGCAGACAAAUCGGAAGAGGGAGGGGAGCCGAGUAACAAGGAACUGAAGAAGGUGUUGAAGGAGAUCAUAGGCAAAGCGGACCUGGAGAGCAUCACGAUGAAACAAGUGUUGACCACAGUCUACGCCAAGUACCCCGAGGUCAAUCUGUCGAAGAGGAAGGCGGAGAUCAAGGAGAUGGUCAAGGCACUACUCGUAUAGGCUACUCACAAUCCUUGCAUUUGACAGACACAGAAACUAGCCUAACAUCUGCAUCUGUGCCGCCACCUCACGCUAGCUAGUCUGACUAAUACAACAUUGAGCAACAACUAUAGAGCUACUCUGAACUUCAUCCUUGAAAGCCCUCCUGUUUCCCCUCAGAAGACGAAUCACACUUCUUCUCAUCUGAAAGAACCUGAAGUGUUCUUUCCUCUUCUCUGCUCCUUUUUCAAAACUCAUUUUGUUCCAUGUUUAUGGAUUGCAAUUGCGGAACUCACCUCCUAUUCUCAACAACUGAAACUUGAUUAUUUGUUUUGAUUUAUUACAAUUUAAACUAGUUUUCUUCUUUAUUCUCAAUCUCAUAAUCUUUUGCUGUUGAUUGUUAUUUUGCUGUGAGUUAACUCAAUACUUAACGUUUAGUGUGGUUGGCCAGGGGUCCUUUUUUGCCCCUCCCCUUCCCCCUCCCUCAUUUUCUCUCUCUCUCUCUCUCUCUCCUUUUGGCCCCGUGGCAGUGAGUCAGCCGUAAUUCGAUCAGUUUAGUUUGCAUUAUUACCUAUCAAUCUAUUGUGUUACUAUUCUUAAUAGCAGUUGUCGCAGUGAAGUGACUUAACAAAGUUUGUUUUACUUGGAUGCCAAGACAGAACCUAAUUAAUGCAGCCAUACUACUACAUUACUUACAGUACAUACAAUGCGCAGUCAGUUCAAUACCAUCUAAUGAGUGUAUUAUGAUAUCAGUCAGUUCAAUACAAGAUAGAAGCUAAACAAAACAGCCCUCAGUGAAAAUAGUGUACUCGUGAACAAUCUUCUCUUCUGGAUGCAGUUUCUGUUCUGAAUUACAGGCGCUCGGCAGGGUUGCAACCAAUCAAUAUUUCCUCCUGUCUCUCUUUUGCAACUCUGUCAGUGCAAUACUGUUUCUGCUCUACAUUUCUGUCAGUCUGAGCUCUCUUCUCUCCACACGAUUGUUCCGAUAACCACAUUUGAAAUAAAAACCAGGUGUUUUUGACACCAGAGAGAAAAUAGCUCAGCUGCACGUUGACGAAUUGUCGAUGACCUUAAUUAGAGACUUUAUCUUUGUUACAAUAGACUUCUUACCUAUUUUAACUAUACCAACUUCAAGGCGGCUUCGUUUCAAUCUUUUUAAACAGGCUAAGGCCCUUUUAUUACAUCAUAGCUUGUCUUGUAUGCGACUCAGGAAAAACAAUUGCGUUUAAGUGAAACAGCAGGCUCCUCCACUUGACUGACUCUGCGUGUGCUGUGAAUGAAUGAUUCAAUGAAUGAGUGAAUUAACAUGCAAUGUCGUGGCGAUGAAGAGUUGAUUAUUUUUGUUUGUGAAGUUGUUUCUGAUCCGUAUCCAUGGUUUUGUUUUACUUUCUUAAUUUAUUUUUGUACUCAC